AUGGUGGCUUUGUCGGCUGUUGUGGGUGCUGCUGUCAAGCGCGUCGGCGAGUCAGCGCCGCUGUCAGCCCUCGACAGCGAGUCCCAGGCAAGGCACACAGACAUCACCGCAUUCUGUAGUUGGGCACAGGAAGACGGGCGCUACCAGGAGCAGAAAGAGGUUACGAAAGCCACGGACAAGGGCAAGGUACCCGCUCCGGCAAGAGCACAAGCUCGAGACCAGGUCUUUGCGUGUGAGAUGGAAAAAGAAGGCCGGGAUAGCGUGUUCGGUUCUGGCCCAGGAGUUGCCCAAAUCACAGACUCAGGGGCAGGUCCAAAUCUCCCAGAGGACGUUGACAUGCACUCGUCCUCACCUUCACCGCCAGAGAGCCAGCACCGUCCAGAAAGCCAGCCAACCCCAUUCUGCUGGGAUCCACCCAUACUGAGAAAGGUCCAGGCGACAGUGCCAGAUUCUGUGCCAACUCCAUUGCUACAAGAGUCAGUAGCUUGGCCAGCUUCGCAGCCCGUACCACCACCGCCGCAAGCCUUCCUCGACAGUUUGCCGACUCCUUGGUUCAGCCAGCCAACGCCGAAAGUGGAGCUGUCGGACCUCCGAUAUAUCAGUGAUCCAACGCCCAUGCCGCCGAAGCAAGAGGAGGAUGCCCUACCAAGCCCCAGCAUUCCCACGCCAUUGCCCGCAGAGCUUUGUUCCGCCGGAGAAGGGGCUCCCAGCAGCCGUCCGGCCAUACAAGCUGCAGCCGCUGAUGCAGUGCCAUCGGCAACGGCUGACGGCGCACCACGGGCCCCACAGGACUCUCCGUUUGCCACGUCGCUGGAUGUCUUGUCCUUACCACGACAGGCUGCAGGCACCCUCACAAAGCAGGGCACGGGCGCCCCUUGA